CCAGUCCGGACCCCAAUCAAGCACCUUUCCAUCAAUUGCGACAUGACCCAUGGAUUGAGGCUUCCAAAGUGACUGCAGUUCAUCCCGGUGACCUCGACUGGCACAAGAGACUCGUGCAGUCACCUACGUAGCUGCAUCGAACCGCAGGACGGCGGGGACACUUCUGCAGGGUCUUCUUUGACGGAGGAGACGACGACGCCAUGGCGCCAUCUACGCUGGAGCAGUUCAUCCGCUUCGGCACCGAUGCUGCCGCCAUAGAAAGGAUGCUGCGGAUGGCCCAGUCGAUAGCCAUGGUCGUCGCCGCAUACCCCCCGCUGCUGGACGGCUUCGCCCAGCUGGUGGUGCUGGGCAGCCAGGAGGAGCACGCCUGGGCCGACCCCAGGGCCGCGGGCGCGGUGGUCCUCGGCGGCCUCAAGGGGCACCUGGCCCUCGCCCGGCGCUUCUUCCGCAUGUUCCGCUUCCUCGAGUCGUUCCACGCGGCGUACCAGCUGUACACGUCGCUGUACUCGCAGCCGCAGCCGCCGCCCGCAUCAACGGCAGCAGCCCCUCCUCAGCCCGCACCACCCGCCGUUCCUGAUGAUGAUGAUGCCAAGGACGGGGCCCAGCCAGCAGCAGCACAGCAGACGCGCGCAGCAGUCCCGCACGCCCGCGGGGGCGCCCCGGCCGAGGCCUGGCUAGACAUGUUCGGGCGCACCUUCAACGGCAUGUACCUGCUCCUCGAGACGCUGUGCCUCGUCGACGCGAUGCAGGUGCCGGGGCUCUCGCCGUGGGGCCCCGCGCGGGCCUCGGCCCUGCACGUGGAGGGCCAGCGCUUCUGGGUAUUCGCGCUGGGCUUCGGGGUGGCCAGCGGGCUGGUCAAGAUCGUCAAGAUGCUCGCCUAUGCACCGGUGCCGCCGCCGCCUGUGGCGGGAGAGGGCCACGGGACCAAGGGCGAGAAGGGCGAGAUGGCGGACUGGGAGAGGGAGCGGGAGAGGCUGCGCAGGAUCAUGUGGGCGCGCAAGGAGCAGGGACGGCUGUGGAGGGCGAACGUGAAGGCCCAGUCCAAGGGGCUUGUGAGGAGGUGCGUGGCGGACCUGCUGGAUAUUGUGAUGCCUGGGACCAUCGUGGGCUGGUGGAAGGCGGACCAAGGCACCCUGGGCGUCAUCUUGAUCGUCACCACGUACCUCACGGGCUGGGAGGUGUGGGAGAGGUGCGGCAGGGAAGUCGCGAGUCGGUAGGGGAAAUAAACCGUUGAUACAAGUCGAGCUUGGAGGAGCAUAUAUACAUGACUACAUAUGUACCUGGUAUGCGAGUACCUCUCAGGCUGGCCUCUGCUAUUAUUCAUGCUCAAUGCCAGGCCCUGAUUUCCGAGAAAAA